UAAAAUGUGAACAUCUUUGGUGAAUCGUAUUUCAUCGGAGGGACAUAAAUCUCUCAGAUUUCAUUAAAAUAUCUCUGCUUUUAUUUCGAAGUUGAAUGAAAGUCUUACAUGGUUUGGAGCAUCUCAAGGGUGAGUGAUGACAGAAUUCAAAUUGUUUUGGGGGAACUAUGAAAUUAAUUAGAAAAUAUAGUGGUAUGCUCUUAUUUUUACCAGCUUCUGCAAGCGUGUAACGUUAUGGCAUCUGGCUUUUGGAACCUCACUGUGACUUCAGAUAAGAAAAAAGAACAAACCGUAAGAAGGGUUGCUUAUAAGAGAGCAUACAGUACACAAGUUUUUUGACUAUAAUACUGACCAGCUGCUAUAGAAAACGAACUGAAUUCUGAAUGCAGAGACAAACAAAGGAAUAGACAACGACAGACAAGAGGAUAAGAAUGGACACUCAUAUGUCAAGCUUGAUGAAGAUAUUGUCAAAGGAUCCUGUGAUAAAGCAGUCUUCAUAUACUACAGUGUCUGAACUGCAAGCCAUUAGUUGCAGAAAAUGCCAGUCAUACUCAAAGAAGUGACCUCGUCCCACCGGCUCCCCCUCGGUCAGUCGUCACUCUACUUCUGCCACAGACUUGAAGGCCGUCUGCUGCGCUCCAACCCUCCACCUCUUUGGCUGCAGUGGGUUUUUCCUGUUGGGCACACAGCGGUCCUCGGUCACACCGGCAUUACUCCAGUCCUCGGGUACUCUGGCUCCAGCAACAAUGCUCGUCGCUGCAGCUGUUCCCAGGUCUCCGGAACCUGCGACAACACUUGGCUCCAUCAGCCCUCCGUCUGUGCCUUCGGAUCCACCAGCUCUGUCUCCAUCGAGUUUAUUGAAGAAAGUAAGGAGAACGAAGAAUUGAGUGAAGAUGAGGAGAAACAUCAUGUCAAAACUGGAGAAAAAACUUUGAGUUGCUCUCAAACCAAACAGAAUGAUUUAAAGAAAAGAGCCAAGAAAUCUUUCACCUGCACUCAGUGUGGAAAGAGCUUCACACUCAAAACAAGUCUUGAGCGUCACAUGAGGGUUCACACUGGAGAGAAACCGUUCACAUGUGAUCAGUGCAGGAAGAGUUUCACACAAUCAGCAAGCCUUAAGUAUCACAUGAACAUCCACACUGGAGAGAAACCUUAUAAGUGCUCACAUUGUGACAAGAAAUUCAGUCGGUCAGGAGACCUAAAAACACAUGAGAGGAUCCACACUGGAGAGAAACCAUUCACAUGUGAUCAGUGCGGUAAGAGUUUCACACGAUCAUUAAGCCUUAAGAAACACAUGAAUAUCCACACUGGAGAGAAACCUUACAAGUGUUCACACUGUGACAAGAGAUUCAGUCAUUCAACACAUCUGAAAACACAUGAGAGGAUCCACACUGGAGAGAAACCGUACACUUGUGAUCAGUGCGGGAUGAGUUUUGCACGGAAAGGAAUCCUUAUGACACAUAUGAAAUUUCAUACAGGAGAGAAACUGUACACAUGUAAACAAUGUGGGAAGAGUUUCACAUACAAAAUAGGUCUUGAUGUUCACAUGAGAGUUCAUACCGGAGAGAAACCAUUUACAUGUGAUCAAUGCAGGAAGAAUUUCACACAAUCAUCACGCCUUAAGAGACACAUGAACAUCCACACUGGAGAGAAACUGUACUCAUGUGAUCAGUGCGGCAAAACAUUUUUGAGGGCUUCAGACCUGAAGAAGCACCUGAGAGUUCAUACGAAGGAGAAGCCACAUUCAUGUUAUUUGUGUGGAAAGAGUUUUUCACGCUUUUCAACUUUGAAAGAACAUCAGAAAAUACAUACUGGUGUGAGAGAGCACAUGUGCUUUGAGUGUGAGAAGACUUUUACUACAGCAAACUGUUUAAAACUGCACGAGAGGAUUCACACUGGAGAAAAACCUUACAAGUGUUCACACUGUGAUAAGAGAUUCAGUGUGUCAUCAAGUCUGAAAACACAUGAGAGGAUCCACACUGGAGAGAAACCGUAUCACUGCACUGAAUGUGGGAAGCGUUUCAAACAUUUAUCUUCUCUACACAGACAUACAAAAAACUAUCACAAGUUCAUUGAAGAAAACGAGGAGAAUGAAGAAUCAAGUGAAGUUGAGGAGAAAAAUCAUGUCAAAACUGGAGAAAAACUUUAGAGUUGCUCUCAAACCAAACAGAAUGAUUUAAAGAAAAGAAGAUCCAAGAAAUCUUUCACCUGCACUCACUGUGGAAAGAGUUUGACAAGCAAAACAAGUCUUGAGCAUCAUAUGAGAGUUCAUACUGGACAGAAACUGUUCACUUGUGAUCAGUGCGGGAAGAGUUUCACACAAUCAGCACACCUUUAAGGGAUAGUUCACCCAAAAAUGAAACCUUAAUGUU